AUGAACGUAAUGAUUGGCUGCUUAGUUCGUAGAGUGACUUGUAGAAUAAAAAAGAAAGAUUCCAGUUUGUAGAGUAAUAUCGACAGUGAGAACUAUUGCAGUUAGCUACAGAUAAAUAGAUCACAGCGUUAAUGUAACAGGCACGCUAGUUCACAAAGAAGCAGACUUCAAAUUUGCCGCUCACGGAAGCUGAAGAAAUAGCUACGCAUUGAGUCGGUCGGCUGUAAAACGAAGCACUUUGCCUGCUUGCGAUUAAAAUAAAGAUUUAAAUAAUACAGUUUUUAUUAACUAAGGUAUCGAUACUGGUACGUAACAAUGUCGAAAAUGCGGAGUCAACGGUGGUGAAGUGGACAUGAUUUACCAUGCCUUCCAUUGAAUCCCGAGCACUUCGAUUCAAAGCAGGUAGAAUCACAGUCCAGCUAUGGAGGAAUGGAGAAGAGUCCGAGUGGAAGGAGAGGAUAAUCCGAAGCUCAAACCCUUGGCUGUAAAAGUCAAGCCGGGCGAUGAGACCUCGCCGGUCAGGGAGAGGGCGGGCGGGACCACUGGGUUGAUGCACGUUUCGUUAAAAAAGGAGAACCCAGCUGACCCGCCACCGAAGGUCCCUAGAUUCCAGUACGUGGACUUCCCUUCCUUGCACCAGUGCAUCCAGCAGCUGUCUGUACCCCCUGCAGACAGCUGGCUGACAGGCAGGUCCCAGGGGAGCAGACCUACAAACCAAGGCUCCUCCGCCUCUGGGGAACGAGUACCGAAGUUCAGGUACGUGGACUACCCCUCGCUGCACCACUGCAUCCAGCAACUGUCGGUGCCACCCCUGGAGAAAUGGAGUUUGGCUUUGCCCAAGCCGGGGAGGGACAGCAAGGCAGGACCUGGAGGACUCCUACUGCCACCUGCUGGUAAGGAGGACACCUGCUACGAGCAUCGUGUGGCAUCAGGAAAUAAGCAUGACCUGGGUGUCGCAGCGCUCCCUGGCCGCAAACCUGGUGCCAGCCUAGUCCCACACUCAGUGAUUCCGGACACCUCUCCCUGUCAACACCAGCCCUCACUGGGCGCGAGCAGGCAUCUUGAGGCCCAAACUCCCAUCCACUCUGCCACGGGACAAACCCAUUCAGGAAAGGCUGGCUCUGACUACCCACGAAAAAGACCCCCCGGUGCCAAAUUGAGAUCCUCUGGCACAGCCGCCAACAGGAAGACAGCCUCCUGGCUCUGUGCGCCUAAGAUGGGUCUGCCUGUCCAUGGGCCAUGUUCAGAGCCCGCCCCAGGCCCAGACCAAAUGCGGCCUAAGCUUUGUGGCACUGCUGAUUCACAGCAGGGCAUCCCGAAAACCCUACCCAGCACACCGCCAACCUGCGCAUUCUGCCGAAAGAGGUUUUCAGACAACGAGCUAUUGAAGACCCAUCUCAAGAGCCAUCAACAGGAGAACCCACACUGAUGCCCAACUUUGGAAAACCUCCUCCCUGGUGACCCUGCGGAAUACUUCAGGGCAGCUGCCGUUGCCUGGACUACAGCAGCCAAUCACUGCACCUAGACUGGAAACCGCACCCUAUCAGACAUGGAAGGCUGCUGCCAAAAUGAGGAAGUCCAGCCAAUAAGGGCACACCCAUAACCCAGACUAAGCUCCUGUCUUCACUUCGCCUGUUACCAGACUCAGGACAUAGGCGUGUCACUGCUCUCUGUCUCUUGAGCUGACAGACUUUAAACAGAAAAAAAGACCUGCUCUGUAGUUAAGUUUUGAAAUAGUGUGCUGUUACAUGCUGAGGUACAACAGCGUUUUCCUUAUCAAUGGUUUCCAGUAGAGACGAUGAGCACCUCGGGUACAGAUGGGUGAUGGGAACCUGCUUGUAGUUACAGUUGUUGCCUACUUUUAGUGCCUGAAAUAAUUUCCAGAUCAGACCCUUGGCAGUGGAAGUCAGGAAUAACAGGAAUUUUCAAUGGAAAAAACACACCCGGCUAUCUGUCCGGUGCAAACAGGCUUUGUGUAUUCAGAAGAGAGAUAGCUAGAUAGCUUAUAGUCAAAGUCCUAGUAUAAGCUCUUGGCAUUUGUCUUGCUCAUGCUCCCCCUUGUGGGCAGUUUGAUGUGAUGUGUUUGCUGUGUUGGCCUCCACUGUGUUAGUAACUUUGUAGGUGGCAGGCACUGUCUGCCUGGGUGAUGUGAUGCACGAGGUCAAAUGGGAAGUUACUCAGAUUUCAGUUGGCUUGUUCACUGUUGCCAUCCGAAGGUCUAAGACCUGGUUGGAUCUACUUAUCUGUCCAGAACUCAUCAUAGUUUUUUUUUCAAAACCACUCUAUAAAUGAGUGCUGUCAGACAGAUUAUAGAGCAGGGAGGAGGAUUGUUUGUGUCAUAAAUAAAACAGAAUUCUCUGACUCCCUUCAACAUUGCUAGAUUUGUUAUCAGUUGCUCUCAACAAAAACUGACCCCCAGCCAACCCUCUUAGUUUCAGAACUGGCAACAAAGUUGCUAAUUUGGCAACACUGGGAAAGUAGAUCUGCCACUGCCAUAUAAUGGUAGGGAACACAGUGGGUGGAGUUAAGACUCAGCAAGUUCAAGGGAGACAAAGCACUUGUGACGACCAGCCUUACUGAGUUAAGUCCAGAUCUGGGUCUCUAUAAAAACUCUGACUUUGUUCAUGCUGCAACC